GCAGUCUGCCUUUUAGAAGGUCAUGGUUAAUACAAGCCAUCCUGACCAUGCAGUAGUUGUUGAGCAUUGAAUGAAAUGUGUUCAUAAAGCUCCGCGCAAUUUCAAGAAGUUCUAGUUUAUUAAAUGUGUGUGCGUAUUGCUUUAAAGUGCUAGUUUUAGUUUUAACAAUUGUCCAGCAUAUGCGGACAUCUGAACUGUUUCACUGGCAUCAUAAAUAAGAAGUUAAUUAUUUAAGAAAUGGAAACCUGCGUUCUUAUACCAAAGGAGUUCGCAUUAGUUACAACAUCAGUGACAUCCUUUAAUGAACCGGAAGUGAUUGUGUAUUCAAUAACUGAUAUCAAGGUGGGAUCAUUAUUCUACCCGUUCCAAGGAACAGUGCGAACCGAUCAAUUAGAGACUUUAAAACCUGUUGAAAAUAACGAUUGUCGAUAUAAAUUUGGUUUAUAUGAUGAAGUUUCAUACAAAUGCGGCAAACAAGUUCGUCACUGUAACUGGAUAAGAUUCCUAACAGUUUCUGCUUCAUACGAUUCCAAAGUAAAUCUUAUCUGCACAAAGGUCAAGGGCGAUCCUAUAUAUGAGGUUGCAAAAGCCAUUAUGAUACAUCAAGAAUUAGUAGUGUACUAUUUGCCAGAACCGCCGGAACAGACUAUUGUAACACAUAUACACUCAAUAUUGUACAGAAAAGUAAUGGAAUCCUUUGUAAAAGAUACUCCACUGGAUUUAUCAUUGCCAUUAAUGUAUAGAUUACCAAAUUUACCACUCUCUCCUCCAGCAAGUGAAGACGAAAAUAAGUUCAAUUUAAGCAAUUGUUCAGAUAUAAAUAAGUACAUUUAUCAGACACCAAAAAGACGAACAAUGAGAAAUGAGCGAUCUCUGUUACCCUGUGACGUUUGCGGCAAGUCUUUCGAUCGACCUAGUCUUUUAAAAAGACAUAUGAGGACGCACACAGGCGAAAAACCACACGAGUGCUUCGUCUGCGGCAAAGGAUUUAGUACAUCAAGCUCGCUUAAUACACAUAGGAGAAUUCAUUCUGGAGAAAAACCCCACGAAUGCCAAGUAUGCGGGAAAAGGUUCACAGCGAGCAGUAAUUUAUAUUAUCACAGAAUGACCCAUAUAAAGGAAAAACCACAUAAAUGUAAUUUGUGUUCGAAAUCAUUUCCCACACCCGGAGACUUAAAAGCUCAUAUGUAUGUUCACAGCGGCUCUUGGCCUUACAAUUGCUCUAUAUGCCACCGCGGUUUCUCCAAGCAAACUAAUCUAAAGAACCAUUUAUUUCUACAUACCGGUGACAAACCACAUGGCUGCUCGAUUUGUAACAAAAAAUUUGCACUGGCUUGUAAUUUAAGAGCACAUAUGAAGACUCAUGAAGGGUGUCUUCAAACGGACUUCAGUCAAGAAUACCUUCUAAGCAAAAGUAUUAGCAUGGACCGAAAAUACUUUAAAGGAUUAACUUCUAUUCAUUUGUCAAAAAAUGGUGUUGAGAAUUCCUUAGGAGAAGUUACUAUAACGGAGGAUUUAGAUAAUUUUUAUUUAUUAUGAGUUUAGUGACUGACUUUUUCGACUGACAUUACUACAGUUUCUUACUCCAACGAAAAUAAAAUCUAUCUAGUAUUUAAGGUGUGAUAAUAACUUAAAAGAAAACAAGAAAACAUAUUUAAAAUAUGUUCAAUUUUAUUUAUUUUAUUUACGGCUACUAUUUCGCAUUUCUCAUUGAUUGUGGUUCCAAGAAAUCGAUUUAAGUUAGAAAAUAUUUUCAGAGGAUUGUUGAACACAUGAGAACAUUUUUAAAACCCAUACUCAA